CCGCAGUUUGGUGCAUUUGGGUGCCAUGUUCGGAAUUGCCGCAGCAAAGGCCAAUUUCAGUGAGGUGAUCACUGAACAACUUGGAAGCUGGCGUCCUUGGUUGGUCUUUUUACUGGGGAUCUUUGGGAUUUUGUCCCAUAUGCAGGUCUUUGUGCUGGCCUGGGGCACCACCUUCUAUGUGGUACCUCUAUAUCUCUUCUUGCACCUCUGUCUGGCAACUUGGGUUUCGAAUCUCAGAUUUCUGCAGUUGUUGGAAUCGCCCCUCUGGUGGUUUUUCCCACCGGGCAGCAGCCAUCUGCUGGAGGUCCAGCGGCCGAAGGUGCAAUGCUUCCGGUGGCUCAGCCUGGGGCUGCGACUGGCGGCGGCAGCAGUACCUGUGAUACUGGUGGUGGUGCCCAUGGCCGAGGGCAUAGAGUUUCACUUCGUUCGGGCUGAGUGUGAGAGCAGCCAUCACUGUGAGGAGCUUCCCCCAUGGCUGAAGCAACCCUGGUGGUCCAACGCAACAUGCUCAGUGAAACCCAGCUGGUACAAUCGAUGCUUGGAAGAGCAACCUUUCUAUUUACGUGGCUGGUGCAACUUUUUGGCCGGAAACUGCUACCUCCGUGACUUGCCACACUGGUUGGUGAACGGUGCUCUUGGGCCCCUCUUCUUCUGCCCCAUGGUCACUACCUUAGCCUCGGUACUGCUGGAGAUUAUGCUGUGCUGCAAAUCUGAAACCUUGGACUUGGACCAACACAUGCCGCGAAAGGAGAUGAAACAAGACCUGGAGGUGACUUCCAAAGCGAAGUUUCGCUUUCUCAUGGUUAUUCUUUUGCCCUUUUUGCUGGAUGUUCUUUCCGACAUCAAUGGCAUUAUGCAGUUCAUCCGCACCGGAAAUCUGUGGUUCGCCGCAGUUUCCACUAGCAUCUUCGUGUUCUCAGGAUGGCAGCAAGUUCGUCGUGGAGCUUUACAGAGGGUGCUGCGGGCCUCUGUAGAAUCGUUCCAGCAUGGAAAGGCAAGUGAUGAGUUGGAGUUGAUUCUUCUUUCGGAGAAAUCGGUGGAGGCACCUUUGCAACUUUACUUAUCUUACUAUUCAUUCCCUUUCAUCACAUCUUCACAGUUUGCAAUCUAUUCUUUUUUCUUCUCAAUGAGUCUCAGUGUGAAAUCCUUGGCGGAAGCUGCCUAUUUUUUGGUUGAGCUGAAUCUCUCUCCGACCAUCAUGGCCGUGGAUGGUGAAGCCAUUGAAGCCAUGACUCCUAGAGGCGCUAUUUGUGAAGAUUCAUCCGACAGAUCCGACAGCUCUCCUGAAGGAUGAAGAGAUGGUGUGACUGGUGUGACUGGUGUGACGUUGUCAACGAUCAACGAGCCUGAAUAAACUUGAAUAAACCUUGACCGCUGCGAAGACCUGGCUGAGCUGCUGAGUCUGCUGAGUUGACGUGCUGCGGACUAUAGAAAGAAGCACAAGUUUCGCUUUACAGUGGCAUCAUCCAGUGCGCUUCAACACGCUUUGGGCAUCUUCAGCUUUGCGACAAAUCAGUGAACCAAAACUGGAACUUCCAAGGGGAGAAGCUGCGACGAACUUUAUGCAGUUCCUGUAUGUUCCUUUGAAAUCCACAAGAAAUUUAUGCGCAACUCACCUGGUGAUGUGACUCGCUGGCAGCCCUGUCAGUUUCGCUUCCUCGGCGAUGAAAAA